CCCGGCCCCUUGCCAAUGGCUGCCGGGGGCCGGCGCUGCCUUGGCCGCUCCCGCUCGGUUCCCGGCCUCCCCGGGGAGGGAGCUGGAGCUGGGAGCCGUGAAAGGCUCCAUUUAUCCCCUCGCUGCCGCCCUCUCGCCAUGCUCCGCGCCCCGCUGCUGCUCCUGGCGCUGCUGCUGGGCUCGGGCCCCCCGCCCGGCGGCUCCGAGCCCCCCCGGGGCAAGCAGAAGGCGCCGCGGCAACGGGAGGUGGUGGCCGACACGUACAAUGGCAUGUGCUUACAAGGCCCCAGCGGUGUUCCUGGACGGGAUGGAAACCCAGGAACCAACGGGAUCCCUGGGACGCCGGGAAUCCCAGGACGGGACGGGCUGAAGGGGGAAAAGGGAGAGUGCAUGCGAGAGAGCGUCGAGGAGUCCUGGACACCCAACUUCAAGCAGUGUUCGUGGAGUGCACUUAAUUACGGCAUAGAUCUUGGGAAAAUAGCAGAAUGUACGUUUACAAAGAUGCGCUCCAACAGCGCACUCCGAGUUCUCUUCAGCGGAUCACUUCGGCUAAAAUGCAAAAAUGCCUGUUGUCAGCGCUGGUACUUCACUUUCAAUGGAGCGGAAUGUGCUGGGCCACUUCCUAUCGAAGCCAUAAUAUAUUUAGAUCAAGGAAGUCCAGAACUGAAUUCUACUAUUAAUAUACACCGAACUUCUUCAGUGGAAGGUCUGUGUGAGGGGAUCAACGCCGGCUUGGUGGACAUUGCCAUCUGGGUUGGGACUUGCGCCGAUUAUCCAAGGGGAGAUGCUUCUACUGGAUGGAAUUCAGUCUCCCGUAUCAUCAUUGAAGAAUUGCCAAAAUAACCCUACCUUUUUGUAAUCUCUAUUUUGUACAAUUUUCUAUACAAAUUACAGAGUUGGAUGCAAGUUUUUGACUAAAAGGCACCAAACUCUUUCUUUUGUAGUGUUUGUCUACCUUUUUUUUUUUUGCACAUUGCAGAGUUUUUUUUAUAAUAAUCAUUUUAGAAAAUAAAUAUAAAAAACCUUCAUUAACUUUUAUAAUUCCUUUUUGAUAUAUGAAAAUAUACCAACACCAUUUUAGGAGUUAACUGUAAUUUUUUGUAUCAAAUAAAUAAGACCUUUUACAAAAAAAAAAAAUCCAGGCUAUUUUAUUAGUCAGCAAACUGUUCAAGGUAUUUGACACGGUAUUAUAAUACACAAUUCUUUUCUUUUAGAACACUUCUAAGUUCCAGCUUUGGCUUUAGUCUUUGAAACGCAUACCCAACACCUACUCCUAUGAAUGUGAAUGUAGAAUCGGAUGCUCUGCUAAGUCUUGUAUCUCUCAACAAACUUCUUGUGACUUAACUGUCACCUAGAUGAUGAUUGGUGUUAAGUAUGUUCUGAAAAAAUAAGUAGAAAGAAAAUAAACUUUCCUUCCUUCUGUCCUCUGCUUGAGA